GGGACGGGCGCGCAGGCGCCGUCUGGCGGCGCGGUGCCGAGGCGCCAUGGCGGCCACGUUCUUCGGUGAGGUGGUGAAGGCGCCCUGCCGAGCCGGGACCGAGGAGGAGGAAGAGGAGGAAGAGCAGGACAGGCGGGACACGCCGGAGGACCGGGAGGUCCGGCGGCAGCUGGCGCGGAAGAGGGAGGUGCGGCUUCUUCAAAGACAGACAAAAACCUCUCUGGAGGUUGCACUGCUGGAAAAGCAGUCCUGCUCCAAGUUCAUAAUUGCAGUAGGAAGUAACGCAUCAGCAUUUUUGUCGUCCUUUGUUAUGACUUCAGGAGUCUGGAAAGAGGUCGGCUGUGCUAAGCUCUGGAAUGAAUGGUGCAGAACAACAGACACUGUCCAUCUGUCCCCCACAGAUGCUUUCUGUGUGUUUUAUCAGCUGAAAUCGGAUCCCUCGGUCUUUCUGUGUCAGUGUAGUUGCUACAUCGCUGAAGACCAACAGUUCCAGUGGCUGGAAAAGGUCUUUGGCUCCCGACCCAGGAGGAACAUGCAGGUAACGGUUCUCACGUGCCGACACGUCACAGAGUAUAAAACCUCUGAGUCUACCUGCAGCCUUCCUUCUCCUUUCCUGAGAGCCCUAAAAACUCAGAAGUUCAAGGACCCUGUCUGCUGCCCCCUGCUGGAACAGCCGAACAUUGUGCAUGACCUGCCUGCAGCAGUUCUGAGCUACUGCCAAGUGUGGAAAAUCCCGGCGGUUCUGUAUCUGUGCUACACGGAUGUGAUGAAGUUGGACCUGGUCACCGUGGAAGCUUUUAAGCCUGUGCUGUCUUCCAGCAGCUUGGAGUGCUUGGUGAAGAACGUUCCCGAAAGCACAGAAAUACUGAAGAAACUGAUGACAACAAAUGAGAUUCAGAGCAACAUUUACACGUGACCGCAAGGUGAUGAGGCUUGACCGCAACCUGACCGUUCCAGGGGCAGCCACUACUGUUUUGUACUUAACUCUGGGUAGGGGGUGUGAUAAACACAAUAAAAAUUUAAAAACAA